AGGCAUGAGAACAAUGAUGGCGGUAGGAGCACUGGGCAGAGGCAGGAGGAGAGUGGGAAGAGAUACUGGAGCUGUGAAAUCCCCAGGUCCCAGGGAAAUCGAGAGGCCACAGUGAGCAUCAUAGAGGUCUCCCUGCUCACCGGCUUCUACCCCAACCAGAAUGACCUCAAACAGCUUUGUGAUGGUGAUGUGGAGAUGUAUGCCUUCCAGUAUGAGACCAAGAUGAAUUCCAGUGACAACACUGUUGUCCUCUACCUGGAGAAGGUAAGGAAGCCUGGGUGGCGCCCUCCAGAGGCCUAUGGGCAGCCUGGUGAGCACAGAAUCCAUGGUCAGCGCCUUGGGCAGUGUUACCAGAGAAUCAUGGUGCCUGAGGUCAGCUCCCCAGGCUGCAAGGCCACGUUGUCAGUGCUUUGGUCAAGGCCCUGUGGUCAAUGCCCCAUGAUCAGUGGCCUGGUCAGCUCAGACAGGAUUCCCUUCCCGUCCCCGACCCCCAGCUUUCCCACAAGGAAGACACAGUGCUGGGCUUCCGGGUCCACAGGAUGCUGCAGGUGGAGUUCCUGCAGGCCGCUCAGGUCACCAUAUAUGACUACUAUGAGCCUUCCCGGAGGUGCAGCUCCUUCUACAACCUGCCCACAGAGCAGUCUUCCCUGCGGAAGAUCUGUCACAAAGAUGUCUGCAGAUGUGCGGAGGUGCCCAUCUCCGAGGAAGGACAACACCCGACUGAGGCAGGAGGAGCUCCAGGCCGCAGCCCGUGAGACAGGCGUGGACUUCGGUGAGUGCGGGAAGUGGCGGCAGGCAGGAGGAGGUCCACCUGCAGGCCAGAUGCCAACAGGACACCCUCCUGCCCCUGCUUUCCCAGUGUACAAGGUCAGGCUGAAGUCUGUGAAGUCCUCCACCUCCAGUCCCUACAUCUAUUACAACAUGAAACUCGAGGACAUCAUCAAGAGGGGCACAGACUCUGCUGUGUCCCUCACCAUGAAGAAAUUCAUCUCUCACGCCACCUGCCAUGACUCCCUGGGGCUACAAGAACAGGAGACAUACCUCAUCAUGGGCCAAAUUUCAGACAUGUGGAAAGUCAAAUCUGAGUGCGUGGGGGCUCCUGCUGUCCCAGGACUCAGUUACAUCUAUGUCCUGGGCAGGAAGACAUUCUUCAUGCAGUGGCCGACCGAUGGGGAUGUGGGCAAGAAGGAAUUGCUGGACCACCUGACGGGAUUUUCAGACUAUAUGAGCACUCAUGGCUGUGAGUCCUGGGACUCUGAGGUCUCUACUGCCCUCAGGAGGUUGUUUCCAAGCAGGCACAGGCCACUGGCCUUAACUCCAAAUAAAGAGCAUGGAGUAUCAUACCCAAAGUCCAUACAUUUGUCCCUGCUCCAACAUUCAUCAAGGACCCUGCACAACCAACCCCAACACUGCAGGGACCUGCCUCCUCCCUCUCCCUCCUACACCAUUUCAAUUACACUGGCCUUCUCUGUGUCCUUCCAACACCCAAGUUGAUUCCUACCUCAGGGCCUUUGCACUCACUGUUCCCUCUACCAAGUACACCCUUCUUCCAGAUAUCUGAAUAUAUUGAACACUUCCCUUAUUUGGACUUUCUUCUUUCUCAUGCCUGAAUAAUAGUCCAGAGUUUAAAUGUUUAAAUGUUGCUUCCUCAGAGGUG